GCUCAAAGAGUCCGCAGAAGUUUUGCCCCCCGCCGCCGUUCCGGAUUCCACCGUCUUGCCAUCAUGAGCAGCGCGCAGGUGUCCAAGAAGAGGAAGUUCGUGGCUGACGGUGUCUUCAAUGCCGAGCUGAACGAGUUCCUGGCACGAACUCUCGGCGAGGAUGGUUACGCUGGCGUGGAGGUCCGUGUGACGCCGAUCCGCACGGAGAUCAUCAUCCGUGCCACCAGGACCCGGGAAGUUCUGGGCGAGAAGGGCCGACGCAUUCGGGAGCUCACGGCCCUGGUGCAAAAGCGCUUCGGCUUCCCAGAGAACAGCGUCGAGCUCUUCGCGGAGCGAGUGGAGAACCGUGCAAGCUGUGCCAUGGCACAGUGCGAAUCUCUUCGCUUCAAGCUCAUUGGCGGCCUCGCAGUCCGGCGUGCCUGCUACGGCGUCUUGAGGUUCAUCAUGGAGAACGGCGCUAAGGGCGUCGAGGUCAUCAUCAGCGGAAAGCUUCGUGCCCAGCGAGCAAAGGCGAUGAAGUUCAGGCAGGGCUACUUGAUCUCCACGGGCGAGCCGAAGAGGCACUACAUCUCGGAGGCUGUCCGUCACGUGCAGAUGCGUCAGGGCACGAUUGGAAUCAAGGUGAAGAUCAUGAUGUCCCACGACCCAGAGGGUAAGAUGGGGCCCAAGAUGCAGCUGCCCGACAACGUCAUCGUGCAUGAGCCGAAGGACGAGGCUCCACCGAUGAUGCCUCCGGCAGAGGACCAGGGCUACGGCAAUCAGGGCUACGACGACAACCAGGGUGACGUGUCUAAGAAGAGGAAGUUUGUGGCUGACGGUGUCUUCAAUGCAGAGCUCAACGAAUUUCUGGCCCGCACACUGGGCGAGGAUGGAUAUGCUGGUGUCGAGGUGCGCGUGACCCCGAUCCGAACCGAGAUCAUCAUCCGAGCUACCAGGACUCGCGAAGUCCUCGGCGAGAAGGGCCGACGCAUUCGAGAGCUGACGGCCCUGGUGCAGAAGCGUUUCGGUUUCCCGGAGAACAGCGUGGAGCUCUUCGCCGAGCGUGUUGAGAAUCGCGCAAGCUGCGCCAUGGCCCAGUGCGAGUCUCUCCGAUUCAAGCUGAUCGGUGGCCUGGCCGUGCGCCGCGCCUGCUAUGGUGUCCUCAGGUUCAUCAUGGAGAACGGUGCCAAGGGCGUGGAGGUCAUCAUCAGCGGCAAGCUCCGGGCACAGCGUGCGAAGGCCAUGAAGUUCAGGCAGGGCUAUCUGAUCUCCACCGGCGAGCCCAAGAGGCACUACAUCUCUGAGGCCGUGCGCCACGUGCAGAUGCGACAGGGCACGAUCGGUAUCAAGGUGAAGAUCAUGAUGUCCCACGACCCAGAGGGCAAGAUGGGGCCGAAGAUGCAGCUGCCCGAUAACGUCAUCGUGCAUGAGCCGAAGGAGGAGGCACCUCCCAUGAUGCCAGCAGAGGACCAGGGCUACGGCGAGGGCGGCUACGACAACCAGGGCUUCUGA